ACAAGGGCACGCAGCUAGUUUCUUUCUUCUCUUAGAAACCAUGCAGUAUCUUUGUAAGUCGGGUUUGUGUGUGGACUGUGUGGUGGAACUCUUUUCAGGUGCGCUGUCUAAACCUCGAUCAUUAUUAAGCCCAGAGGUGUUUUAGGAGUAUUUGUAUAGCAAAUUCAUUGGUUGCUUUUAAUUAAGUGUGAACGCAAAGGAUACGUAAUUCUUUUGGGUGUCUUGGUAAUAAAAAGUUAGCUAAGAUGUGACAUUUGGUGUUCAUGUUGCCGUGGUGCAAUAUUAUUUUUUGAGAACUGGAGCUGUUUAUUAGCUGUGUUAUUACUGUUCGAGUUUUCCAUCCAAUGGAGCUUGAUGUGCUGUGGUGGAAAGGACACUUGGCUGCAGAUAUCCAUCAGACUCUACGGCUAAAGGAGCUGAAGCUGUCGUGCUACAAAGGCCAUUCUCCCCAAAUAGGUCUUAGGCGCUAUUUUGCAGACCUAAUUGCAGUUAUUAGCAAUCAUUAUCGGCUGUGCCCCACUGCUCGUCAUCUUGCUGUUUACCUCCUUGACCUGUUUAUGGAUCGUUAUGACAUUUCUGUGCAUCAACUCCAUGUCGUGGCUCUAUCCUGUUUGCUUUUGGCAAGCAAAUUUGAAGAAAAAGAAGAUCAUGUGCCAAAACUGGAACAGCUCAAUGCUUUAGGGUGCAUUACUAGUAUGAAUGUGAUUCUCACUAAACAAAACUUGUUGGAUAUGGAGUUGCUUUUGCUGGAAACAUUUCAGUGGAACAUAUGCCUGCCUACUGCUGCUCACUUCAUUGACUACUAUCUGUCCAUUGCUGUCCAUGAGGCAGACGUUCAUGAUGGAUGGCCCAUAGUUUGCUUAGAAAAAACAAAACUGUACAUGGCAAAGUAUGCUAACUACUUUCUGGAAGUUUCAUUGCAGGAUCAUGAAUUUUUAAACUUUGCACCUUCAAUAGUGGCUGCUGCAUGCAUAGCUUCUUCUAGAAUAGUACUUCAUCUCACCCCAACAUGGCCCACCAGGCUUCAUCGUCUAACUGCUUACUCUUGGGACCUUCUCGUACCCUGCAUUGAAAGGUUAAUACUUGCACAUGACAGUGAUGUAAAAGAGGCACAGAAACAGAAGAUCCAGACAAGCAGUCGAUCACCUGCCUUAACUGUCUUCCAAAAUCUCUCUCAGGUUCAUCAUCCCAGUCAAAUUCCACAGCAUGUAGUACAGCAUUUGCAGCAAAAUCACCAGACCCGAAUGACAAUGAAACAAGAGCAGCCAAGUCUUUCAAGUCAUUCCACAGGCUACAGUCUACAGUCCUGUCCUCUUGGCUUACAGGCUGGCAUUCCUUCCCACGGACAUAUGCAGGCUCCAUCUGCCAGUGUGCCAUUACCCGGAUCUGCAGAAAUAAAACCAUGUAUUGGUGUGGCUUGUAGUCGGAACCUGCAAGUCAAUGGGCAUUAUUCAUGUACAGCACCCUGCUUUGAACGGUGACUUUCAUAAACUAUAGACUGUCUUUCUUUCCGUAUACUCUGGAUCUGUUGCAUAUGUAGUGAGUCAGCAAAGAAAACAAGCAAGAAUAUUUAAUGGCUAAAGCAAAUUGAUCGUUAAAAAGAGAGCAAGAGACGUGUUGGAAGUUCUCUGACUACCUCAUGAAGUGCUGAAAGAAUUAGUUCAAGGAUACAUUCUGCACUGACUUCAGACUUGUUUUUGGCAUAAAUAUAUUGUUUCAGUGGUAUAAGAUUUCAUUUUAAAAUGUAUUUUUUUGGAAACCCAAAAUAGAGUUGUUGCGCCAGUUUCCUGUGGAGCAUAAGCUGCCAUCUUGACGUAUAAAGGAAAUGUACAGUAUUAAGUAAUUUAGGUGAAGGGCAUUACCUCUCACAUUUGAAAAGUAUGAUUUCUUAACUUUUUGAUCAUUGGUAGGCUGUCUGAGCACUUGAAAAAAUGUUGUUUGAAAUCUUAUAGCAUUGUAGUACCUGUCCUCCAGAACUGGUUUAUUUUGGGACCAUGACCUCACUUUGUAAUUGGCUAAGAGUAAACAUUUUUCUCAACUUAUGCAAGUUAGUAAAGCAUUUAGAAAUUGGCCAACAACUACAUAAACGAAAAGUUCCUAUAAUGAAAGAGGAUGUGAAGCCUGUGUAUGCAAGCACAAGACAAAGCAAAAGGUUUUGGGGGUAAUAGCUUUUCAAACAUUAAAAUACUGAAGCAAUUGUUACUAGUAUAAUUCAACUUUGAGAAGCUAAGGGGGAAAACAAUCCUAUCUCCUGGUUUCAAAAGGGGCCCUCUGCUUUACAGUAAUUUUUUAAAUAUAACCCUUUAAAUGAUUAAGAAGGGCGUGUCUCUUUUCCCAAGGCAUAUGCAGGUACACAGAAGAUUGAUUUUGCUAAUAGCAGCCUUGACUCUUAAUGUUACUGUUUCAGUUAUAACUGUGUGUAGGUGGAGUAUGUUAGUUUAUCAUUACAGCCAAAAAGAAGAAAAAGCAACAACACUGAAUGCUAGAUCGUUUAUUUAUUCUGACAUUUAUUUUUGUACAUUGUAUUUAAGUUUGCGUUUAUAAAAUUACUGUAUUUAAGCAUUGGACAUUUAACUACCUCAGUAUUGUUCUGAAUGUAUUUCCUAAAUUUCAGAGUAACAGUAAGUGAUUUCAACACUGUUGGCUCACAUGUAAUGUAGAGCAAAGGUUAUUGUGCUUAACUGUGUUGUUCUGUUGCUUAAGACAUAGAGUGAUGUGAAGUGCAACAGGACAAAAAUGUUGACAUUAUUAACAGCUGCCAAUUUGUGCUUUUCUGCUGGAGCAGCAAUCGUAGUGGAUAUAGAAAACUUUCCAAAUACAGCACCUGAAAUGGA